AUGUCGGAAGCCGCUCUUGAACCCCACCUGCCCCUCUGUGCAGAGGGGAAGAGCUCCCCUGUUCUGUUUCUCUGCCCUGCACCCACCCCACAGCUUCCUGCUAGAGAGAGAAUGCCCCACCCACCCCUGUCCCUCCUCAUCCCCAGGCCAGGACAAGGACCUCCUGCCAGCCUGCAUUCUGGGGACCCCCAGCUGCCCCCCACGACCCAGGCGCAGUCUCCCACAUUCAGAGGUAGGGCUGAGCAGGGAGGGUGGGUCCCUGUCUGUCUGGCCUCCUGCGCUUCCUGGGUCAGUGCUCUGUGA